GCCUCCGCAGGCCUGGCCGCCGCGGCCAGCGCCCCCGCCGCCCCGCGCCCGCCGGGCCUCCGCCUCCUCCGCGCCGCGACCAUGGAGCGCCCCGCAGCGGGAGAAAUAAAAGGCAGUGAGUGUGAACAUGUGUUAAGGAAAGAGGGAGUCUCAGGGGAGUUAGAAGCCAGCGCGGUGGAUUCUCUGACAGACAUGCCAUUUGCUACUGUAGAUCUUCAAGAUGACUGUGGAAUCACGGACGUACCUCAAAUCCAUUCAAAGAGAGGCAAAGAAAAGGAAGACAUGAAGAAUGAGUGCAUAAAGAAGAGGAAAAAAAAACCCAAAGAUUAUCAGCCCAACUAUUUCUUGUCUGUUCCGAUCACCAACAAAAAGAUCACAGCUGGAAUUAAGGUCUUGCAAAACACGAUACUACAACAGGAUAAGCGGCUGGCCAAAGCCAUGGUUGGCGAUGGUUCCUUUCAUAUCACCUUGCUAGUGAUGCAGUUAUUAAAUGAAGAUGAAGUAAACAUUGGUACUGAUGCGCUUUUGGAGUUGAAGCCGUUCGUUGACGAAAUCCUUCAAGGGAGGAACUUGACCUUGCCCUUCCAAGGGAUUGACACUUUCCGAAGUCAGGUUGGCUUUGUGAAGCUGGCGGAUGGAGAUCACAUCCACACUCUUACAGAGAUAGCAGAGACGGCAAAAAGAACAUUUCAAGAAAAAGGCAUCCUGGCAGGAGAAAGCAGAAGUUUUAAGCCUCACUUGACCUUUAUGAAACUGUCAAAGGCACCAAUGCUCUGGAAGAAGGGAGUGAAAAAAAUAGAGCCUGAACUGUAUGAGCAGUUUAUCAACCACAGAUUUGGAGAAGAAGUACUGGACCGGAUAGACCUCUGCUCCAUGCUGAAGAAAAAACAAAGCCAUGGUUAUUACCACUGUGAGUCUUCGAUUGUGAUUGGUGAGAAGGACCGAGGGGAGCCUGAGGAUGCCGAACUGGUCAGGCUCAGUAAGAGACUGGUGGAGAGCGCCGUGCUCAAGGCUGUCCAACAGUAUUUGGAAGAAACGCAGAACAAAAAGCAGCCGGGGGAGGGGAACUCCACCAAAGCUGAAGAGGCCAAUCAGAAUGGCAAAGGCAGUGAUAACAACAGGAAGUGAGAGUGGAACCUGUUGCCACUGCGCUGUGAAAAGCACCCCUGCCCCUCCGCUAAGUCGCAGACUGACUUGCAAUGUGCUCUUUAAGUGUCUUGUUCAAGCCCCGGAGAUCGCCUAACACGUUUAAUGAUCGAUGGCGUUGGUGUUGCUGCGGCACAACAGAAGAGAAUGGGGUGCUGGGGCCAGCAGAAGAAAUUAAUUCACAGAAGGACAAUCCCAAGCUCAUGUACCAUCGAGCAUGCGCGAGGGAGAGGGGGCACUUCCAGAAGGCCUGCCAGGUCGAGGGAGAGAACUCUCCACCGAUGGAAUACUGCCGUUUACAUUGCUUAGAGCAUUUGGCUACUUUAUGUGAGGCCAAAACUUGCACACAGCUAUCAAGUACUGAAUUCUGUUUGUCACUGUUGAAAUGAUCAUGAGUGUAGUGAGUCCACAAUGUUUUGUGUUUGUCCCCGGUGUGGUGUUACCAUGCAGUGAUCUUUAUUUACAGUAAAUUAAGUUUCAUGUAAAUUAUAUAUUUUUGGCAAAAUGCA